AUGAACAGAAAGGAAAACAAAAUAGUUACAUCAAAGUACACAGCAAUAACCUUUUUUCCAUUGAAUAUGUAUCACCAACUGUCAAGGCCAUCAAACCUGUUUUUUCUCCUGACUCUGAUCCUUCUGUCUGUCCCGGCAAUAUCUCCCUUCAGCCCUUUUACCUAUCUCCUGGCGUUUGUUGUUGUUGUCGGGGCGUCAAUGAUGAAGGAUGGGGUUGAGGACUACAGAAGACACAAGCAGGACAAGAUAAUAAAUGAGAAGCCCGCGAAUGUUGUGAGAAGAAACGGAGGGGACGUGUAUGUGGAAGAGAUUCAUGUGGAGGACAUUAGUGCUGGAGACCUUAUAUUUAUGAUGAAGGAUCAGGAGGUGCCUGGAGACGUUGUUUUGUUGAACAGUAGAAUGGAGACAAGGGAUGGAACCAGAUGCAAGAGUUACUGCUUUGUCGAGACAAGCAAUCUAGACGGGGAAACGAAUUUGAAGAAGAAGACGUCACAGCAUCAAAUAAAGUGUAAAGGGGAACGAAUGGAGAUUGACUUCUGUGGAGAAAGACUGAAUGUGUGCGACUGCGAUCGAUAUUACAUGGACAACAUAUCUGAAUUUAGUGUUGAGGAUACGGGAGAUCUAUUUAACAAGUUUGAGUGCCAGGUGAGCAUUGGGGGAGAAAACAUCCUGUGCAAUGAAAAGAAUGUUCUUCUAAGGGGAUCAAGAAUCAAGAACACGGAGUGUGUUCUUGCCUUGGUGGUGUGUGUGGGAAAGCAGACGAAGCUAGGCAAGAGCCACUUCAAGGCGAAGGUGAAGAUAUCGCUUUUUGAAAAAGGCAUUGGAGACUUUAUAUUUGGGAUAUUCAUGAUAUACCUGGGGAUUCUGGCGUUGACCUCGAUUCUUGGUGCCAGGUUUCUGAAGAAGAGCGAUAUUGAGUAUCUGUACCUGAAUGAAUAUCUGACAGCAGACUCGCUGAAGCAGACGGGAACAAACUACAUUCUCUUCAGCUACUUGAUUCCCCUGUCCCUAUUCGUGACUCUCGAGGUUUCGAGAAUGUUCCAUUCGAUGUUUAUAUCCUAUGAUGACGAGAUGACUAUUGAUGGUAUCAAGUCUGUUUGUAGGAACUCGAACAUAACAGAGGAUGUGGGGAUGAUUGAAUACAUUUUGACGGACAAGACUGGAACACUUACAAAGAACUCGAUGGUUUUUAAGUAUUGCCAUGUGUACAACUCGGAAGGGCUUAUUUCGAGAGAGGACCUGAAGGAUCAGUGUCUUAGCAUUGAUCUUGUAAAUGACCUCGGCGCGGCAUCAAAGAAAGAAAGGUCACGGAUGAUGUUCAUACUUGCGCUCUUGUGCUGCAAUUCGAUCGAGCCUCUUAACAACAAUUUUGAAGGGAUUUCGCAGGAUGAGCUAUGCAUUUUACGAGAGCUAAAGAACCAGGGGUAUGUGCUUAUAGAACGCGAUGAGAAGUAUGUUGUACUGGAGAUAAAUGGAAAGAGAACCAAGAUCGACAUAGCGAUUACCCUGGACUUCACCUCAUCAAGACAAAGAAUGUCUGUUGUGAUGAAGGUGUUAGGCAAUUACAUUCUGUUUUGCAAAGGCUCUGAUCAGAAGCUCCUCGGAGACAAGAGAAUGAGGUUUGAAGAAGGGGAUAUGGGGACUAUUAAGGCGCUUAUAAACAACAACUCCGAGUACAGGUCUCUUGUUGUUGGAUACAAGGAGCUAGACAGAAAUGUUCUCGAAAAGAUGAAGGACCAGUACAACAAGGUCUCUUUGAAAAACAAAUUCCUGGAGCAGGAAAGAAUAUUCGACUCGGUAGAGGAGGGAAUGAUUUAUUUGGGAGCAACAUUUAUAGAGGACGAGCUCCAAGAGGAUGUAAGGGGAACGAUAACUUCUCUCCGGGAUGCAGGGAUCAGCAUAUGGAUGAUUACAGGAGAUAAAAAAGAGACUGCGAUCAGCUGCUCGGAAGAUUGUGGGAUUAUCCAGAAGAACCACGAGACUCAGUCUCUUGUAGUGGAUGGCAAGGAGUUUCUGAACAGGCUUGCAGACCAAGACAUCUUUGAGUACAGGUCAAUUGUGAUAUACAGGGCGACGCCCUACCACAAGGGAAAGAUAGCCGAGAAGAUAGUCGAGCUUGGGAAGAACACGCUUUCUGUUGGAGACGGGAACAAUGACGUUCCGAUGCUCACGAGCUCUCAUGUCGGGGUGGGGAUUAUGGGGAAGGAAGGCACGCAAGCAAGCCUGUCUGCGGACUUUGCGAUUCCCGAGUUCCGACUCCUGAAGAAGCUCAUACUUGUACAUGGAAGAUACAAUCUCAUAAGGUUCUCGAAGAUAACACUUAAUGCAUUCUUCAAAAACAUAUUCUUCAUCUCGAUACAGUUCAUGUAUAACUUCUUCAACGGAUACUCUGGUAAGCCCAUAUACAACAACUUCUUCUUGAACUAUUACAACGUUUUGUUCACAUCCUUCAUCCCAUUAUCCAUAGGGCUCUUCGACAAGGAUAAGCCAGAAAACUACCUUAUGGCUCAUCCCGAGGACUACAAGAAUGCAAGGAAGUUCUUCAGUAGGCCUUCUUUUGUUUUUGGGUUUAUAUACACGAUCUUGCUUGGAGUGGUUGUGUUUGUACUUUCUGUCGGCGUUGUAUACAUAAAGGACAUGGUUAGCAAGGAGGGGCUGGUUGGGGGAUACAUACUCCUAACAAACUACUUCUCAAUAGUUGUUUUCCUGGUUGUACUGUCCACACAGAUCAGAGAGAUCUCUUUCUUUGUUGUCUACUCGUGGAUAGCGAUUGCACUGAGCAUUUUCCUCAACUUCAUAACUCUUUUCUUCAUUCAGGAGCUGGAUGUUACGGCAAACAAUGCGGCUUUCAAUUUGUUUUCCUUGCCUGUGUUCUAUCUUACCGCCCUGUUUGUGCUUUCUGGCACACUGCUUGUCGACUUUGUGAUAAUGAAGAUGCUUACUGCUGUAAAGAAGAACAGGGGAUUGCCUUAG